AUGUCUACAGGCAUAAUCUCUACCGACGCUAUUCAGGACGCAUUGCAACGCGCUAAAGAGCUCGCUGCUUCUUCACAUUCGAAUCCGCAGAAACGACCAAAUUCGGACGAUUCAUCUAACCUGUAUCCAACCAAAAGGGUCAAUAUCACUGGCAACGCAAUGGACAUGGGCGGAAGCAUGCAAAUCUCAACACUGGGUGGUCCGGGCCAUGUUGGGGCAGGAGGUAUGCCGCCAGUUGGAGGUGUCGGAGAAGUUGUUAUGGAAACAAUGGAGGUUCCGGACCAUUGUGUUGGCCUCGUGAUUGGCCGUGGUGGUGAACAAAUAUCGCAGAUUCAGUCACAGACCAACUGUCGUGUGCAAAUGUCACCAGAAUCAGAUGGGAAUAACAUGCGUCAGUGCACUUUACAAGGCAGUAAAAUGUCUGUAGAUCGCGCAAGGGCAAUGAUAAAUGAGGUAAUAGCUCGAGCGGGAAAUCGUCCUCCACCGAAUCGUGCAGGCCACUUUGAUGGUGGUAUACCUGUUGGUUCUGGACGCCAAAUAACUCAAGAGAUGUGUAUUCCUGGUGCAAAAUGCGGCCUCGUUAUUGGAAAAGGAGGAGAAACAAUCAAAAAUAUUCAAGAACAAACUGGUGUCAAAAUGGUAAUGAUACAAGAGAAUCAAGAAAGUGGAGGACAACCGAAACCUUUGCGUAUUACUGGUGAUCCUGAAAAAGUCGAGAAUGCUAGAAGAAUGGUUGAAGAAAUUUUGCAGUCACGUGAGGACCAUCCACCUGGACAUUUCGGUUUUCCUGGAUCAUUCGGAAUAGGUAGUGGACAGCGUUCGAUUGGAGAAGUAAUUGUUCCACGUGCUUCGGUUGGUAUGAUUAUUGGAAAAGGUGGGGAGACGAUCAAACGCCUUGCUGCUGAAUCAGGAGCUAAAAUCCAAUUUAAACCUGAUGAUGAUCAGACAAUGCAGGAGCGAUGCGCUGUCAUUCAAGGCACUGCUGAACAAAUUGCAAAAGCGACUCAAUUCAUUUCCGAACUUGUCAAAAAGAGUGGCGCGGCAGGUGGUGCGGAGAUGUUUUACAUGCACGUUCCAUCAAACAAAACGGGAUUGGUAAUUGGUAAAGGAGGAGAAACUAUCAAACAGAUAUGUGCGGAAAGUGGAGCACAUGUUGAAUUAUCACGAGAUCCACCGCCCAACGCAUCCGAAAAAGUUUUCAUUAUAAAAGGAACCCCUUAUCAAAUCCACCAUGCGCAGCAUAUUAUCCGUAUAAAGGUUGGUGAUAUUGCUCCUGGAACACCAGUACCGCAGUUUCAUGGGCAAGGCGGUCCAGGAGCGGGUGGUGAUGCAUUCGGAGUUGGACAUAACACUGUACCAAGUGCUCCUCAAGGAUAUGGCAAUGGUAAUGCCCAAUUUGCUGGUGCUGGUAUUGCUGGGCAAGCGGGAGCACAGUGGAAUACCACUUUUGGUCAUCAGCAGAGCGAUCCCGGACAGGCUGCAUGGAAUCAACAGUAUUACGGACAGCAAGGACAGCAGCAGCCUGGUUAUCAGCAGGGAGCGUAUGCAACACAAUAUCAGCAACCAGCACAGCCACAACCGCAACCAGCACAGACAAGUGCGGCUCCAGCAGUGAAUCCACAGACAGGUCAGCCUGAUUACAGUGCACAGUGGGCAGAAUAUUAUCGUAGCAUGGGCAUGCAUGAACAGGCAGCUGUUAUCGAAAAUCAGUUGAAGCAGAAUGCUGCCGCUGCUGCUGCCGCGCAACAACCAGCUGCACAAGCAAGACCUCAGCAACCGGGAUAUGGUGCUUACGGUGCGCAGCCAAUUACUGCGCAGAAUCAGUUCAGUUACGGAGCACCGCAGGCACAACCUCAGGCAGGUUAUCAAUUCCAACAACAGUACUGA